UUUGUGCUUUUUAAGUUUUCAUUUUUUUCUUUCUUUUUAAAAAAAAAACUGUUAAAAAAACACGUAUUAUGCUUUCCAAAGUGACUUUAAGAAAAAAGCGUAAUUUUAAAAAUUUGACGCUUCAAAACUCACCCGUUGUCGUGGGUGGUUCACCUCCUCCAUCUGAGCCAAACACAGCAAACGACUUAAAGACAGACACAAUAACAACAACAAAAGCAUCAUCUGCGUAUGAUGACAAUAAACAUGCUCCAGCUGAUUACAGCCAGUUGUGCGAACAGCUAAGUGAAUUAGAGAUUGGCCUCGAGUUGCGGCUGGAUCUGCGUCCAGAGGAUUUCAACAAUAUAGAUGAACUUGGUAGAGGAAACGGCGGGACCGUGUGUAAAGUAUUACAUGUUCGAACAAAUACCGUCAUGGCGAGAAAGAUUGUCCAUGUAGAUGCUAAUAUGAAUGUACGAAAACAAAUAAUGCGUGAACUACAAUUUAUGCACGACUGUAAUUCAAAACAUAUCGUUAGCUUUUAUGGUGCUUUCAUGAAUGGAGGCGAUAUUUCGAUUUGUAUGGAGUACAUGGAUGCUGGCUCGCUUGAUAAAAUCUACAAGAAACAUGGUCCAUUUCCAUUAGACGUAUUGAAACGAAUUGGUUAUGCUAUUGUGGAUGGCUUGAUCUAUUUAUAUGAUGAACAUCGUAUCAUCCACAGAGAUUUGAAGCCUUCGAAUGUUUUAGUCAAUUCUCAGGGACAAAUCAAAUUAUGUGAUUUUGGCGUAUCAGGCCAAUUAAUCAAUUCUGUUGCCGAUACGUUUGUUGGAACCAGUUCAUAUAUGAGUCCUGAACGUAUUAUGGGCUCACCUUAUUCUGUCAAAUCGGAUGUUUGGUCAUUAGGUAUUACACUGAUGGAAUUAGCAAUGGGAAGGUUUCCUUUUCCUCCAGAAGGUACACCUCUAUCCAUAUUUGAAUUAUUACAACACAUUGUUCAUGAACCCGUUCCGGCGUUCCCAUCCAAUAAUCAGUAUCCUGCUGAUUUAACUGAUUUCGUUGCGAAAUGUUUAACCAAAGAUGUUUUAUUGAGAGCUACACCCAAUGAUUUAAUGGUAAGAACGUGCGAUUUAUUUUAAUAUCAGGAAAAUGUUAAUUAACUUUGUGUGGGGCGGGUUUUGGGCGUCAUUUUUAGAAUCAUCCAUAUCUCGUAUCUGCUGCAACGGAAAAGGUUGAUCUCGCAAGAUGGGCUGCCAGUAUAACAAAUAAACAACAAUUAGUGUGAAUGCCCUCCUUUCUUUUUGUCUUGUUCUUAUUGGUGUGUGUGUGUGUAUAAUGAUGAGCGUGUAGCUUGAAGGAGGGGGGGGACAAUGAAUACAUUAAUUAAAACAAUAUCAGUGUCAACGUACAUGUUACACAAUCGCCACAACUGACUUUUGGGAGCAUAAAAAACGUGUCCAAAGAAAUUAAAAAACCAAUUUAUAAUUUAGCUUUAUGAGAAUAUUAAAUUAAUUAGGAUGUGGGCUGAUGUUCUUCUGUCAAAAACAAAAGUAUUCUAUUCCUUAAAGCGUUCUCUUUUCU